AUGUCUACUUUAACCAACACAAAGACUGGCUUUUCUGUGAAAGACAUUUUAGAUCUGCCUGACACCAAUGAUGAAGAAGGCUCCAUUGCUGAAGGUGCAGAUGAAGACUCAGAUGGACCCGAACCCCCCAAAAAAUCUGGAGUUUUAGGGCAAAGCCCCCUAGAAACAGUGCAAAGCUUACCUUUGAAAAAUCCUUUCUAUGACAGCACUGAUAACCCUUAUACUCGUUGGCUUGCAACAACAGAAAGCAUCCAAUAUUCGUGUAAGUACUAGCAUUCUAGUGAUUUGUUUACUUAACUGCCUUUAUUUUUAUUUUUAUUCUUUGUUUUUUUUUUGUUUUUUGUUUUUUAAUGUCUGCAUCAUAUUCUUAUAGCACACGUUUUGUUUCAUUAAAUUCAAUGGCAAAUCAGAGAAAAUGAUUCUAUCAUCAAUAUAACACUACCCCCUGCCCAGAUUGCAUGCAACAGUAUAUGUCAGUUAGUUUUUUCCCCAGAGAGACAGUUCCAUUGCAAAAUGGCUAUUCUAAGAUAAAGUUCACAUUCUAAGAUAAAGACUGACAAACUCUUUACACAGAUGGAUCUUUGUGCAGACUGGAAGAUCGGUCCCUUUGGCAGUAAAAUAAAUGCCUACACGAGGCUACGGCUGUGUUCGUCAAUGAAGGAAUUGUUGACUAUUCUUUAGAAAUCAAUUCACGUAUCUUGAACCAAAAGUAGUAGUCAGGCGCAGUCCAAAAUUCGUGCUAUUAAAGGCAUUUAGUAUUUUUCAAGCAUGUUGUUGGUGAAAUUGGGCGUAAACUUAAAUAACAAAAAAUGAAAUAGUGUAGGAAGAUUUAUUUAAAGCCAAACAAUAAAAUAAUAUAAUACAAUUAUAUAUAUAAAUAUACAAUUAUAUAAGUACCUAGAUAUAUAACAUUAAUUAAUGGAUCAGUCUUUUAUACGGGUAUAUGUAAAAUCAGCCCUUUAAUUAUAGUUACAAACAUAAUUAAUUAGGUUCUAUUAUAGAUCUAUCUAUAUAUUUAUUUAUUUAUCUAUCCCCUACUUUUAUGUCUAUGUAGCCAUCUACUCUGUUAACUAUCGAGAUGUAUUUCUUUAAUUAUAAACAUAUAAUUACAUAUAUAAUUACUAUAUUAUAUGGUGCCAUGAUGUAAGGUCGAAUGCUACAUUAUAAGGUACCAUGCGAUGCUACAUAUAUGCCAUGUUAUAAGCAGAAUUACAUUUAAUAAGGUAGAAUUAUAUAUCAUAAAGUAGAAUGUAAUGUUAUUAGACAGAAUAUGUUAUACGAUAGAAAGCUAUGUUAGAUGUUACAAGUUACAAGGCAAAAUUAUACAAGGUAUGUUAUAAGAUAGGAUGCUAUGUUAUAAGAUAGGAUGCUAUAUGAGCAUUAAGGUAGAAUGUUAUGCUAUAAGAUAGGAUGCUAUGUUAUAAGAUAGGAUGCUAUAUGAGCAUAAGGUAGAAUGUUAUGCUAUAAGAUUGGAUGCUACAAAAUAGAAUGGUAUCUAUGAAGGCAGUGUGUUUUAAGGUAGAAUGUUUAGUUACAGAGUGGAAUGUUUUGUAUGGAGGUAGAAUGUUUAGUUACAGAGUAGAAUAUUCUGUUUUAAGGUAGAAUGUUUAGUUACAAAGUAGAAUGUUUUGUUUUAAGGUAGAAUGUUUAGUUACAGAGUAGAAUGUUUAGUUACAGAGUAGAAUGUUUUGUUUUACGGUAGAAUGUUUAGUUACAGAGUAGAAUAUUGUGUUUUAAGGUAGAAUGUUUAGUUACAAAGUAGAAUGUUUUUUGCAAACUCACAUCCCUUUUCUGAACUGUCUGCAGUACAUGGAUUUGCAUCCAGCAAUUCCCAGCAAGACUCCUCGCCCAAAUCCCCAGAACCUUCUGCUGAUGAAUCCCCAGACAACGACAAGGAAAGUUCAAGCAACCCGGACUCUGGGAAGAAGAGGAAGAGGAGGGUGCUCUUCUCCAAGGCUCAGACUUACGAGUUGGAGAGGCGGUUUAGACAGCAGAGAUACCUGUCAGCACCUGAGAGGGAACACCUGGCCAGCCUCAUCCGACUCACCCCCACCCAGGUGAAGAUCUGGUUCCAGAACCACCGGUACAAGAUGAAGAGGGCAAGGGCAGAGAAAGGUAUGGAAGUCACCCCUCUUCCCUCCCCUAGACGGGUAGCAGUGCCUGUCUUAGUCAGGGAUGGCAAACCAUGUCACACCCUCAAAGCUCAGGACUUAGCAGCUACAUUCCCGGCUGGCAUCCCAUUCUCUGCAUAUAGCGCCCAGUCCUUACAGCACAUGCAAUACAACGCCCAGUACAGCUCUGCCAGUAACCCCCAGUACCCAGCACAUCACUUGGUGCAAACCCAGCAGUGGACGUGGUGAACAUUAGUCACAGACUGACCUGCUCCCAAAAAUGAGGGCUGGUGAUAAAAG